AUGUCGGAUCACCUGGAACUGGGACAUGAGCAUAUCAUUACUGGACACAACAAACAGCAAGGGAUCCAUCUCCGAUACCUGUGGCUUUUGUGGUGGGUUAAUCAGCAACAUCGCCAUGGCAGCGAGACUGGGCUGUGCAUGGGAUGGCAGCAGGCUCCCGGUCGCCUGAAGCAGCAGCGGCAAACACGGCUCCUCCUGAUGAUUGGUGGCAGCAGAGGAGCUGGAGCGAAGGGCCAGACCAGUAGCUUGGGCAGUGGCAUCGAAAUGGACACUGAAGAUGGCCGGCAGUGUGCUCUGUGCCUGAAGUAUGGCGACGAUAAACUCAAUGACGCCGGGCGCCUCUUGUACAUCGGCCAGAACGAGUGGACACACGUCAACUGUGCCUUGUGGUCAGCCGAGGUCUUUGAGGAGGGCGAUGGGUCUCUGAAGAACGUGCACAUGGCAGUGGGCCGAGGGAAGCUAAUGCGGUGUGAGUAUUGCCAGAAGCCUGGGGCAACAGUUGGCUGCUGCCUGUCUUCCUGUCAAAGCAACUACCACUUCAUGUGCGCACGUGCCUGCAAUUGUGUCUUCGAGGAGGACAAGAAAGUGUACUGUCAGCGACACAAGGACUUAGUGGAAGGCAAGACUGUUCUGGAAGAUGGCUUCGAGGUAAUGCGAAGAACGUUUGUCGAUUUCGAAGGCAUCACCUUGCGUCGGAAGUUUCUAACAGGACUGGAACCUGAAAAUGUCAACAUGAUGAUUGGUGAGUGUUCCCGGGUGUACUGGAGCACGUUUGAUGCAAGGCGGAAGUGUGUCUAUCGAUGUAAGAUCAUGGAAUACCACCCACCUGCCUCUGAGACAGAUCUCAACAGCCUGGAUGAUGGGGCAAAUCACACUAUCGUUCACAGCCCUAGCACAACAGAGGUGAAUGAUGCCACGGAGCCCACCGGAACAGGGCAGGAGGACCACCCGCAUUCGCCCGAGCGCCUCCAGGGCAUGGCGGGGCAGAAAACUGGGCCCCUGCCCCCUCCCCGCACGCUCCCUUCCAGCCGCAUCAAGGCACCGAGUUACCCCACUAGCUGCCGAUGGUCAUCAGGUGGAUCGCGACCUCUGCCCUCUCCCGGUGAGUCCGCCAGCCUCUGUCACCUUUUACAGAGGCCCUCCCCGAGCCGCACUGCCGUUGCAGCUACCCUCAACAACUUGGCAGUGCUGUGUGGCAAGAGAGGCAAAUAUAAAGAGGCUGAGCCGCUCUGCAAGAGAGCUUUGGAGAUCAGGGAGAAGGUUUUGGGAAAGUUACACCCAGAUGUAGCGAAGCAACUGAACAAUUUGGCAUUACUGUGCCAGAACCAGGGCAAGUACGAUGAGGUGGAGCGAUAUUACUCCCACGCCCUGGAGAUCUACGAAUCUCGCCUCGGGCCCGACGAUCCCAACGUGGCCAAGACCAAGAACAACCUGGCAUCGUGUUAUCUCAAACAGGGAAAAUAUAAAGAGGCUGAAGCUCUCUACAAAGAGAUACUGACCAGAGCACACGAGAAGGAGUUUGGCUCUGUUAGUGGUGAGAACAAACCCAUCUGGAUGCAUGCGGAGGAGCGGGAGGAACACAGCAAGGUGAGCUGGAUCUGGCCACUACCUGAACCCAGACCCCACACCCACCACCCUGUCCCUCUCCCGUCUCUGUAUAAAAAAAACAGGCAAUUAGCAAGUGCCUCUCACACAGGACAUGUUACUGGAACACUUCCCAGCAGUGUCUAUCUGACAGAACCUGACUCCAAGCCACAUCAGGAGAUAUUAGGGACAGGCGAACGAUAG